UCCACAUCCCUCCCGUCUCUCUUGCUGUCCCUUCUCUCCCCCCACCCCCGGCUCUGAUUGGCUUUCUUCAAAGAUAAUUGGAGGCAAAAUUUGAUAUGCUCAAUGUCAUGGACAGGAAUGAGGUCUCACCGGCGUCUGCUGCCACCAUGAAAAAGAAGGGGGUGGGCGGCAGUGGACGGAGCCGCAUCAACGCACCAGAGGCUGUCGCAUCCAAAUGCGCGAAGAACGACAGCGGCCAGAACUGUCUGGACUCUGCGUCUCCGGGCGCUCCCAGCGGUAAGCAGCCCGUCGUGAUGGAUGACACGGAGGAUGGGGAAGAGGAGUCCAAAUUCCAGUAUCCGCGGCUGCGCCGAUCCGGGGGGAGCGGCAGCAGCGGAGGUGGAGGCGGCAGUAUCAGGAUGAAGAACUUUGCACCAGGAGGGGGAGCCGCGUCCUCGGCUUCCAGGAGAAGCUCCAACAAGGAGCCCUGCCUUACGCACACAGAGGACGUUCCUGCUGCCUCACGGCCCACUGCUGCCUCCAGAGCUAACGAGACACCCUGUCCAGGGGAUGCUGCCCACCGGGGCGAGACCACAAGAUCAUCUGGGGCGGAGGCGUCGGAAUCUGCGGUCGCAGACGCUCUGAGCACGACAACGGGUGAUGGUUGCAACGGUGUCGCUCCCAUAUCUAGCAUGAAAUGCAACAAAAACGGAGAAUGCAGGAGGGACUCAGGAACCGGGAGCCUGCGCUCAAUAAUCUCCAAGCAGGAGAAGCAGACGGCGGGGUCGGGGAGAACGGAGGACGGAGGGGGUGCCAAAAGAGGAGCUUGUAACUCAGCCACUGCAAGUAUGGACGGCUCCAUCACACCAGGUGGGUCUCUGACCGGGGGGCAAGGAGGAGAGAGCGCAAACCCCACAUCCAGUGGUGUCCCCGAGAAAAAGGAUUCAAAGGUGUCCUUCUCCAACGCGCCGAGCCGGAAAGCCUCGUCCUCGCUGCAUGGCCCGACCCAGACUCAACUCCAGCAGCCAAGGAACUCUGUCACUUUUCAGAAGCAAGAGGAUGGACCACCAAUCGUGCCAGCGGAGGAUGCUGAGACCCGGGGCAGCCAAGCCAGCUUCAUGCAGCGGCAGUUCAGUAGUAUGCUGCAGCCUGGAGUUAAUAAAUUCUCCUUACGCAUGUAUGGUAGCCAAAAAGCGGUGGAAAGGGAGCAGGAGAGGGUCAAAUCAGCUGGAAACUGGAUUAUCCACCCUUACAGCGAUUUCAGGUUCUACUGGGAUUUUACAAUGCUGCUGUUCAUGGUGGGAAACCUGAUCAUCAUCCCUGUGGGCAUCACUUUCUUCAAGGAUGAGACUACAACACCCUGGAUCAUCUUCAACGUGGUCUCUGACACCUUCUUCCUCAUGGACCUGGUGCUAAACUUUCGCACUGGAAUCAUCAUAGAGGACAACUCAGACAUAAUUUUGGACCCCAAAACCAUUAAAACGAAGUACUUAAAAACUUGGUUCAUUGUAGACUUUAUAUCCUCCAUUCCAGUGGAUUACAUAUUCCUCAUCGUGGAGAAAGGGAUAGACUCAGAGGUGUACAAGACUGCUCGUGCCCUGAGGAUCGUUCGCUUCACCAAGAUCCUUAGUCUUCUAAGGCUGUUGAGGCUGUCUAGAUUAAUACGCUACAUUCAUCAAUGGGAAGAGAUUUUUCAUAUGACCUAUGACCUGGCCAGUGCGGUGAUGCGGAUCUUUAACCUGAUUGGUAUGAUGCUGCUGCUGUGUCACUGGGACGGCUGCCUACAGUUCCUCGUUCCCAUGCUGCAGGAAUUCCCCUCAGACUGCUGGGUGUCUCUCAACAAGAUGGAGAACGACACCUGGUCUGAACUGUACUCCUUUGCCGUAUUCAAGGCAAUGAGCCACAUGCUGUGCAUUGGUUACGGCCGACAGGCACCCGAGAGUCUGUCAGAUAUCUGGCUGACUAUGCUGAGUAUGAUUGUAGGAGCUACCUGCUAUGCUGUUUUUAUAGGCCACGCAACAGCUCUGAUUCAGUCCCUGGACUCCUCCAGGCGUCAAUAUCAAGAAAAGUACAAACAAGUGGAGCAGUACAUGUCCUUCCACAAGCUACCGGCUGACUUCCGACAGAAAAUCCAUGACUAUUAUGAGCACAGAUACCAAGGCAAAAUGUUUGAUGAGGAGAGCAUCCUGGGAGAACUCAGCGAGCCUCUGCGAGAGGAAAUUGUUAACUUCAAUUGUCGGAAGCUGGUGGCAUCCAUGCCACUGUUCGCCAACGCAGAGCCCAACUUUGUGACCGCCAUGCUGACCAAGCUGCGGUUUGAAGUGUUCCAGCCGCAUGACUACAUCAUCAGAGAAGGCACCAUUGGCAAAAAAAUGUACUUCAUCCAACACGGCGUGUGCAGUGUCAUCACCAAAGGAACCCUUGCCAUGAAACUGUCCGAUGGCUCUUAUUUUGGAGAGAUCUGUUUGUUGACGAGGGGAAGGAGAACAGCCAGUGUGCGAGCGGAGACUUACUGUCGACUCUACUCCCUGUCUGUCGACCACUUCAACGAGGUUCUGGAAGAGUAUCCCAUGAUGAGACGAGCCUUCGAGACUGUUGCCAUCGACCGCCUGGAUCGCAUAGGUAAAAAGAACUCCAUUCUGAUGCAUAAAGUGCAGCAUGACCUCAACUCUGGCGUGUUUAACAACCAAGAGAACGAGAUGAUCCAGGAGAUUGUCAAGUACGACCGCGAGAUGGUGAAACGGGUGGAUUUACAACGGCCGCGGGCCAUGUCUAUGACCCCCUCCAUCGGCGGCAUCUUUGCGCCUCCGGGUCAACCACAGAGCGGUUCAGCUAUUGCCACCCUCCAGCAAGCGGUUGCCAUGAGUUUCUGUCCUCAGAUGGCAAGUCCUUUGGUUGGACCGGGGACGCUGCAGUCUCCCCGAAUGGUGAGAAGAUUCCAAGUGAUGCAGAACUUGUCCAGUCCUGUUUCCAUGAGUCCUAUUCAAUCGCAACACCCCCAGACGUUUGGAGGGGCAUUUGGAUCUGCAAUUUCCAGCCCUCCCAUCCAAAGUCCGCUCGCAGCAACAGGACGGACUUUCCAGUACAUGGCAAGCGUAGGGCCCUCAGGGUCCCAGUUGUCCCUGGUGCAGCACCAUGCACCCAGCCCCACCCAGAACCAGCAGAGGCCUGCCUCACACAAGAGCACUCACUCCCUUCACACUGGCAGCCUGAGCCAAGAUACCAGAGCCCUGUCUGCGUCGCAGCCUUCACUCCCCCAAGAAGGUACACCACAAGCUGCGUCUGCAGCGCCCAGCCCUCCACCCUCCACCCGUACCUCCAACUCCUCCAUUGGCCCUACACAGCCUCCUCACCAUAGCUUACCAGGACCUUCAGGUGUGGGGAGAUCAGCAGGAGCUCAGCAGAGGGUGGCCUUUGCCUCCACACCUCCUCCUGGUGGACCUGCUGGAGUGGGGGCUGUAGCAGCUGCUGCUGGUUCAGGACCUCCAGAUUCUGGAGUUCCUAAGAAAGACUCGAUUGUCAGCCUUCCAGAGCUAGACUCUGCCAGAUCCCGGCUGUCUUCCAACUUGUGACCCUGGUAGAGUUUAGGAAUGAGGCCUUUUUUUGUAGGAGAAUCUGUUCGGUUAAGGUCAGUACAGCUGAUCGCUUAAACUUGCAAAAUGACCAAUCAGCCACUGCCAGCGCCAGCAGUCGUUUGACCUGGAUGCACUGUGUGCUGGUGUCAGCCGAAAGAUAAGAGCUACUCAAUGUCUUGAGACAGUUUGGACAGGAGGAGUCUAUACAAUUAAACUAUAUAACGUAAGGUUGAACUGGUCUAGUUUACUGUGCCAGUACCUUUAGUCUUAGUAUCACCACUUUCACUCUGCUUCCAAACACCUACUGUAUAUUGCUGUUUUACUGUAAAGAUAUGAGGAAAAGUAUGAUUAAUGUACCUUUUGCAUACUGUGUAGAAUUCAUGCAAUGCAAUCUAGCAGGAGCUGGACUUAAAUAUGAAAAUCAGGGACUUGAGGUCAAACGACAAUGACAUUUUAAGUGUUCAAAUGUGUUUUGAGUGUAAUUUUUCUGUAAAAGCCGUCGUAGCAAAAGAAUCCACAUUUUCAUAUUGUUUCCAACAGUAGUGGAGUUAGUGUUUUAGACCGCUGGUCGAUCUUACAUCUGUGUGUAAAUAGUUGCUGAAAAAAAAAAGUAUGGAUGCAUAUUAUAUUCAUUGUAUCUACCCAAACCAAAGUUGAGCUUGAACACCAAGUCUGGUUGUGUCUGUAUCAACUAAAAAGAAAAAUAGAAGAAAAUGCCAUUUAUUUAACUGCCUUGAUUCAACGUUAGAAGCCAUAUGUUUGGUUUGUGCGUAUGUAUAUCUGUGGGUGUGGGAUUGUGUGCGCGAGUUUGUUGGUGCGUUUUGGUUUCCAUUUUGAAAGAAGGGCCUUGCGCCCCCUGAACCACGCCGCCAGGCAUUAAGUGGUUCGACUUGCUGACAGCGGCACUGCCCGUUUUCAUGAAUCAUUUGCAAAAGUGGUCAGCUGUUUUCUCAGCAUACUGAUUGUAACUCUGGAGGCAAAGAUGGAUAAAUAAUCUGAGCUUUACUGAAAGGAAACAUUUGUGAACAAUUCAUACUGUAUACUUGCUUGUUUCUGUCUAGGUUCAUUGAUUAACACAUGCAAUAUAAUUCUGCAAUACUCUACCCCGCCUAUAUAUAUAAAUAUAUACGAGUAUAAAUAUCUAUACAUAUGCUGUACAGGAAAGUGAACUUUUUUUUUUAAGUUUUCUUUUUAAUGUGAAAUCUUAAAGAAUCCAGCAGCUAUUUGUGGCUUCACUUGAGGUAUUGUAAUAUUGUGACCAUGUUGUUACCUUAACCAAAAACGUUUGAGGGACUGAAAGGAUGUGCUGCAAUGUAAUUUUUGUUUAAAAAAGAAAAAGUUAUGGAACCGAGCGCUUAGACUCCCAAGUGGAAUCCAUAUUGGAGCCCAGCAAGCCAGAUCCUCGAAAAUGUCACUUUAAAGCCCAUUUUAAGGGAUUUGAUUUUAAAUUAAAUGGUUGGGGUAAGCAAUAUGGCGCACAAACGCCUCACUUGUGGAAAAAAAGGGGGGAAAAAAUAUAUGUGCCCAUAUCUGCUGGAACUCCAGUGAAUGUCUCGAUUUUUAGAUCCACAGCAAUCCUAUGGUUAAAAUUUUGGGACUUUUUUGGAAACUGGGAUAGUUUUACUGGAAACAUUCUAACGCCGUUGAACCUAAAAUCCUACUAUUGCUGAAUGUAUGCCAUACAAGUGGGAAGACAGCUAAUCAAAUAUAAACUGCCAUGUACAUAAAGGGACCGCGAUUUAAAGAGGCUUUUAUGAUGCAAGAGGAUUGUGGUGUUCCUUUCCGAGUUGCUGAGUGUCUGUGUGAUUUUAGUUUUUUUUAGAUUUGUUGAUGCUUAUCUGGGUUGAACAUUGCUGUAUUUAAUCUUUAUUAUUUUUUUGACAUUUAUGCUACAACCCAGAUCUAACAUGAGAAGAUACAUUUUGUAAAAAAAAAUAAAAAUAAAACCAAACAUAUUAUUUAUUAAAAAAUGGCCAUGAAUGAGAGCGAGUUGAGACCAUUUUGAACUCUUCUGUCCAAAGCAAGCACUGAGGACAUCCAGUCAAGUACCUUGCGUUGCACUAAGACCUGGUUAUCUAAGAUGAGAGUCGAUGCUCUGUUGCUUCUCCUUGGACCAAUGUGUGGUUAACUGCAAGGACGAGAAGGGAAUCCAAUUGGGAUUGAUAACAGGCAGCUGAGUCAUUGUGUUCAACUGUGUCAGCUUUGAACAUUGAUCCGGAGCCGGACUGUAAAAUCAAUGCGAUGCACGUUUACUCAGGUUUGUUACCUUUCCAGAGAGAUGUAUUGACUGCUGCAACAUGGUUUUCCAUUUAUUUAGUUAAACCCAUCUGUGCUCCCAUUUGGAACUUGUUAGCUUGACCACGCUUGAAGAUUCCCCUUGAGUCGGAUUGGAGCAGAGGACCUUGUUGGAUUGUUAUUAGUGUGUGCGAUCGCUUGUCCUGAAAGUUGUUUAAAUCUUUAAACAAGGUGGAGGUGAUUGUUUUUAUCCAAGGGCUUCAUUAAACAGCUUAAUCUCAUUGUAACUGCAGAGCAGCCCCAUAUCCCCCUCCUGUGUGAUCAUGUUCUAAACAAACUUUGUCCUGUGUCAUGCCUGGGUCACUGUAUAGUAACCCUGUUUUGCCAGCAACAUAGAAACCUGACUUUUUUUUUCCUGUGGGAAAGGUUCAUGCCAAAAUUCCAAUAUGAUUGUGAACAAACUCCAUUCGAGCCAAUGGCUGUAGUGUGUUUAUGUACAGUUUCAGUGGAAUCACUUGAUUCUCUUUCCUAUUCUUUUGUGCUAAAACCAGAGUUUGCCCUAUUAAGCUGCUAACAAGACUGUGCUGAAAUCAUGUGAAUGGGUUCACAGUCAGAGUGAGCAAGAUCGGAGAGUUGUGAUGUUCCACUCCUGUUCAGAAGUUUAAAAAAAAGCACCUGAGACACAUUGGCGACUCUGUUUGAACUCUCAUCCAGGAGGCAUGUCUGAGGGAAAAAGAAACCACACAUCCGUCAGUUUGUCCGCUGUUGGCUUCAAGCCCCCGCUGACAGGUCGGUGGGAUGUGGUGCUGCACUGGUCAUUAGAUCAGGGACUCAGGGUGUGAUUGUCUGUCGUUUCCCCCUUCUGGACCUCUCUUUGAGGCGGGAUUGAAAUCCCUCAUUUGUGUUUGACAGACUGACAAUUAUUGAGAAUAUCAAAGAUUCAGACGUCUCAUUUAUGCUGUACCAGACAUUAAGGGUACUGGAUGCCUUGGUGUUGAUGUGUUAGCAUAUCAGGGUAUUCUUUUUGUUUGGUUCUCUGUCCCUUUUCCUUAGUUGUUUUACAGUUUGUUCUUUGUGCACAUGGACACUAUAUACCUUGUGCCUAGUACAUUUAGUUUCCUCAUAGUCUAUUUUUGUGGUAUGCAUGUGCCUGUAAAAAUGCAGAUACGUGUAAUUAUUUUCAACUUGCAAUAUAUGUAAAAAAGAAAUUGUUACAUGAAGACUAGUCUUGCUGAAUUAUAAUGACAAUGUCAGUAUAUAUAAUUUUUCCUGAUUUGGGAAACACAAAAUUGCACAUUUUUGUUGGUUUGAGCCUUCCAACACCAUGCGCGCUGUACUCUGUACUGUCAUGUUCAGUACAUGUGAUAUACACAUUGAUCUGGAGCACAUUACUGUGUUUUUACCACAACUUGCUUUACAAGGAAACAUUUUUUUACAGUAAUAGGGUGAGCUCUGACUGAUUUUGGGUGGAUACCAGCAGUCUAGGAGUUAGCUUAUAUGACCUGCUUGAUGCAAGGAGCCAAAAAUAUCACAAACGGUGGAGAUGCUUGCACAUUAUUCCCAAAAACGAAAUAAAUACAAGCAAGUCUGUGCUUAUGCUGAAAAUUUGUUGUCAAACUUGAAGAGUUCCUCAUGCUGAUGCUGGUUGCACACUGAUCUGGUGUUCUUCAUUAGGAAAGAAAAGCUCUCUCCAAGGGUGAAUCUGACUAAUGAGCCACAGCAGUCAUGGGAGCGUGACUCCCAAUUGCGUCACCUGACAGGAAAGCAGAGUGCAUGCUUGUAAUUUUUUUAUCUAAGCAGAGUUCUGUGUGUAAUUCUUUGUGGGACCUUCAAAUCUAGACAUUGUUGUGUACCGAUUACUGUACGAUGAUUUAAUUUAGUCUAACAGUUAAACUUUUGUGUCGUAGCUACUGUAGCCUGCUUAACUUACCUAAGCCUUCUCUCUGCUUCAGGACUCUGUGUGCUUGAGUUUGUGUGUGUGUGUGUGUGUGUGUGUUCCUGUGCCUUUCCUUCUAAAAUGUUGGUCCCACUUGAGAACAUGAUGCCACUUAGGGAACUGAGACCCACAUGAAACCGGGAGGUGCCAGCACAAGCAGAAGAGCGUUCAAUGACCAUGGCUAUGUUUGUUCCGUAAACAAACAGACAAAAAAAACAACAAAAAUGCUUUCUAGAAAUGACAUUAGCACAUCCUUAGACUUAGUAGCAUUCCACAACCUGCACGAUCUGCUCUGCGCGAGCUCCAAACACACUUUACCAGCACCGUGUGGACCACAGCACAGAUAUCUGACACUGCAUGUGUUCUCUUUCUCUGGAGGCCAGAUUGCAACCAUCUCAGGCUGUGCUUCAGGCUUCUGAAAAUAGCUUCAAGUAUUACAGAACUACAGCUCUGUUUAAGUUAAUGUGUCCAAGGGACAACUCCAGGGACAAGUUGGCUCCCGGCCCAAGCCACAGUACGACCAAAUCUGUCUCAAAAGGACACUUGGUGGCAUUUGUUUGUGUCCAGUCCUUGCAGGUUGUGAUGCACAGCACGUGGCCAGGGUUGAGGGGCUGAUUUAAACCUGUGUUCUAGAGGCUGUCUUGUCCACCACCUCUGCUGGACAAGAACCCAAAGCCACACCCUGGUCUAUCUCAAUAAGCUGGUCUGUCAGUCAGUGGCAAUGUUGUUUAAGCAUUCGUGAACAGAUGAUACAUUGUUGUGCAAUAAAAAGACGAGCGCAUUGGCAUACUGA